CUUUCUGAUAUAAGAGCUGGAUUGGAUGAUGCAGAAGCUUUGGUACCUGGUUCAUUUUAUGCUUUGGAUACUCCUUUUUAGCCUUUCCUUUCUUUGGCUAUUCAACUUGAUGUUGCUCUUUUCGUUUCUCAGAUUCGGAAAAUGGACCUUGAGGCAAGAAGUUUGCAGCCUAAUGUUAAGGCUGUGCUUCUUGCUAAGUUAAGGGAAUAUAAAUCAGAUCUUAACAAUCUGAAAAGUGAAGUUAAAAGAAUUGCAUCUGGCAAUUUAAAUCCUGAUGCUCGAGAUGAGUUCUUAGAGUCUGGAAUGGCUGAUGCCCUUUCGAUAUCAUCAUCUGAUCAAAGAUCGAGACUAAUGAUGACUACAGAGCGGUUGAAUCAGAGCAGUGACAGAAUUAAGGACAGCAGAAGAACCAUGCUGGAAACAGAAGAGCUUGGUGUUUCAAUUCUUCAGGAUUUGCAUUUGCAGCGACAGGCUCUCUUACAUGCCAAUAACACGCUUCAUGGAGUGGAUGACAACAUUGGCAAGAGUAAGCGAGUUUUGACAGCUAUGUCAAGGAGGAUAAGCAGGAACAAAUGGAUCGUUGGCAUCAUUAUUUCAGUCCUUAUCAUUGCUAUCGCCGUUGUUUUGUACUUCAAACUUGCUAAAUGGUCACCAUUGCUAUCUUCCGUUCUAGGUUUUGUCUGGGUUUGUGGAUGUUUCCGAGAUACAUAAUCUUAUUUUGUCCAUGCCAGCUUGCCCAUUUUGAGUGCUAGUA